UAAUUGAAACUUACGAGCAUAAUGCUGCUGCUACAUUUGAUAUAAACCAGGAUCUCUCGGAACCAUGUCAAGGUAAUGAGUACUUAAGUCUACAACUAACAGCUGAGCUUUACCAAACCGAUGAGGCACCUACUGUUUACCGGGACCAGUCUGAAACUAGUCAAGGUGAUGAGCAUAGCUCAGAUCCAGAAAGAAUCAUAAUCUCUAAAGCUGACUGCGUGGCCGAUGUACUAAUUUCUGAUCUUACUGAGCCUGUUGCUGUGCCUACUCUAGAUGGAAAUCAGGCUUUAUCAAGCCUUGGUGCAGGGGAAGAAAUUGAAGACCAAAUAUUAUUACAGGAAGAAAAUAACAUGAAUGUGCCGAAUAUAGAACCACAAAGUAGUAUCACUGAUAAUACAAGAGAAGUAUCUGUUGAUAAAAAAUGUAAAAAGCGUAUAAGGGAACCUGAAAAAUGGAAAAAAAAUAAGAAGAAAUGUUUGAAAAAUGCAGGCAGAGCUUAUGAAACAGUGUCAGGUAAACUAGUUCCUGGUAAAGCAGUAAAACCUCCCUGUGGCGACAAAUGCCGCCUAAGAUGUACUGAAAAUAUAAAUGAAGACCAAAGAUUAAGCAUUUUUACUAGUUUCUGGAAAAUGGGUGACUUAUCAAGACAACGAGAUUAUGUUUACCGGUGCAUGGAGCCCUUUAAACCAAAAUAUUCACUUCAUAAUGAAAAUAGUAAAAGAUGUCUUAACAUAGCUUACUAUUUCACAGUAGACUCAAAGAAAAUUAGAGUAUGCAAACGAUUCUACUCAGCAACAUUAGAUAUUGGACACUCAUUUUUAACAACAGUCAGCAAAAAAGCUGAUUCCACUGGAGUUAUUUCGGGUGAUCUCCGAGGCAAGCAUGCUAUAAAUGGAAGAAGACUUCCGGAAGCUGUCAAAGAUGGAGUUCGCGAUCACAUAAAUUCCUAUCCCAAGAAAGAAUCCCAUUAUUGCCGGGCAUCGACUAGCAAAACUUAUCUUGAUGGUGACCUGAACUUAUGUAUGAUGUACAGGCAGUAUAAAGAUUGGUGUGUCCAUAAUGACAAGCUUUUGGCUACACAAGGUACAUAUGAAAAUAUUUUUCGUACCGAAUUUAAUAUUUCCUUUUAUAAACCAAAAAAAGACAUGUGUUCUUUGUGUUUAUCGUAUACGAACGCUAAUGGUGAAGAUAAAUUAAAUAUAGAAGAUGCCUAUUUGACGCAUUUAAGAGAGAAGGAGCUAUGCAGGCUUGACAAAGAAGCUGUUGGAUUUAGUGAAAAUAAAAGUAAUUAUUGCAAACUACGUUUUAAUUAA